AUGUUGGAUAAUAUGACCUCCUUUACAAUUUACACCCUAUUGGAACCAAGAGGCUCUAAAUCAUAUCGUCAUAUGUAUUUCACUUGCUUUUUGUUUCUCUAUUUUCUCAUAUUGUUAGUGAAUAUUUGGCUCAGCAUUGUUAUUGUCUUGGAGAGGACCCUUCAUGAACCAGUGUACAUUUUUCUGUGCAAUCUAUGUGUAAAUGGGCAAUAUGGAGCCACAGGAUUUUAUCCUAAAUUCCUGUAUGAUAUUUUAAGGGAUUCAUAUGUGAUCCCUUCUUACAUGUGUGCCAUCCAAGCUUUUGUGAUUUACACUUCAGCAAUGUGUGAAUAUUCUACACUGGCAGUAAUGGCAUAUGAUAGACAUGUGGCCAUAUGUAGACCUUUAGACUAUCACUCAAAGAUGAACAAAUUUUCUUGUGGCAUAUUACUUGGCUUUUGUUGGAUUCCACCAUUUAUUACCAUGUCCAUUGCUCUUUUCUUGUCAAAUAGGUUGGCAUUGUGUAAAAAUAAUAUUGAUAAAUUGUAUUGUGACAACUGGUCAAUUGUAAAACUCUCAUGCGAAUCAACUGUCACUAAUAACAUUUAUGGAUUUAUCCUUAUUUCUUUUUAUUUUAGCCUUUUUGCCAUAAUUAUUUUGUCAUAUAUGAAACUUUUCUUUGCAUGUAAAGCAUCAUUAGAAUGCAGAAAGAAAUUUUGGCAGACAUGUGUGCCCCAUAUGUUUUGUUUGAUAAACUUCACUGUUGCAACAGUUUUUGACACCAUAUACAGCAGAUACAGCUCAAACAAUUUCCCAGAGGAUCUGCGUAAUUUUUUGUCUUUAGAAAUAAUUAUAGUGCCACCUCUUUUCAAUCCUGUCAUCUAUGGAUUAAAACUCAAAGAGGUACGGAGAAGAGUCUUAAAAUCAUGGAUCAAUUCAUGA